AUGCCAAAAUACGCUGUAUACCACGUCCGGGACUUACGUCAUUACUCAACCGGCCAGUACUGCACCGGGGCAAGCAAGUAUAGGGGCCCUUACAAGCAGUUCAUCGACAACGGCCCCAACCGCUCAGUGCGCGCUUCCUCGCCAGGUGAUCAACUUCAGGCUUUAUGGAGGUUUUUUGGUGUUUACAACGAGGACUGCUAUUGCGGCGACAACUUGGAUGCCACGGCUGUCAACGUUGUCCUGGAUCAAUGCGACAUCUCGUGUCCAGGGAAUACUUAUGAGUGCUGUGGGGGAAAGCUCAACGCCAGGCGAUCCAGCAGUUUGCUCAGACGACAGCUCAAUGCCUCAGAUAUACUUCUGUCUCUUUUCGAGCGUAUUUCCGGGUCUGGGUCGCUGCCGGGUGGUCAAACGACGACGGAUGCAGCCCCUAGCCGAUAUAUCACUCUUACACAGGCUCUCACGGGAACGAAUACAGCGCCUACAACGGUAACCAUCGCUCCCAGUGGAACGGUGCCAGGCAGUAUCAUCAUCCAGACGCCGCUAACGCCUGCGGGAUUCAUUACCAUUACGCUACCUCUGACAGGCUCCGGCAGCGUGCCUGUUACAGUCGCCAUCCCCCCCAGUGGCACGAUCCCCGGCACUGUCCUCAUUCAAACGCCGCCAGCAACCGGACAAUAUAUCACCAUAACGCAACCCCUCACCGGUACCAUUAGUGUUCCCGUCACGAUUACCAUUCCACCCAGAGGCACGGUUCCAGGCACCAUUAUCAUUCAGACGCCCGCAGCCACUGGGCCGUACAUCACUCUUACCCAGCCCCUUACCGGUACCAACAAUGUCCCUACAACGGUAACAAUCCCGCCCAGGGGUACGGUGCCGGGGACCAUCAUCAUCCAAACAACCCCAGGCGCAGUGCCAUACGUUACCCUUACACAGCUUGUAACCGGCACGAAUGUUGCGCCCGCGACGAUAACAAUCCCUGGUAGCGGUACAGUUCCCGGGAGUGUCAUAAUACAGACCCCUGCAGUGGCAUCGUAUAUCACUCUUACGCAGCCGCUUCCGGGCAUUUACAGCGUGCCCACAACAAUCACGCGGAUCCAUUGCGAUGUCUACAAGCAUGACUAUUCCGCCAAGUGCCACAAACCCGAGCAGCGCGUCAGUAACUGGGCUCUAUGUGACAAUCACGCAGGUAUUUAG